AUGAUCUCGCACGAUGAUAGUAUCAAAGAGCCUCACCAGGCCAAGCUUGCCAAUGUACACAUCGAACCGUUGAAUAACGUCGAUAUCGCAAAUGAGUACUGGGAAGAGAUCUUCCACCAAGCUGGAACCCAACGGAGUUUACAAUGCUUUCCUAUUGAAUACCAACAGCCUCGCUGCAAGUCGACGCUCGCCAUAUCCGAUGGGCUGUUUGAGGCCACUCUAUGGUUCUGCAAAACGCACAAUGUUCGUCUACACGAUGUGUUUUAUGGAAUAUGGGCUAUUGUGUCUGCGCGACAUAUGGCAGAUGGCCAGCGCACAACCGAAUUUGCCGUGGCUGGCCGGGAUCGCUCAAGCCUGGGACAAGAUGAAGCAAUCGGGAUAUUAGACCACGACUUUCCCCUAUUUCUUACGCUUCCAAAGGACACGGAUGUCCUAUCAUGGAUACGUCAUGUGGGAACAGUUAGCGCCAAAUCGUCUUCCCAUGCACAUGUUGGUUACAAAAACAUACUUGCGAAAACCUCGGCACAUAAUCCUCAGGUCAAAGUUUCCAUUAUCUGGGCAGGCAAUGGUAAUGAACCUCUUACCACUGGAGAUGAAUUAUUUGCUCUAGUUCUCAACAUUUGUGUCUCAACAAAUCUCAAAUUCAGUAUAUGGCACAACUCAACCGUCCCAGAGAGAGACAUUCGCGUGCUACUGGACCAUGUUGCGACUGCACUGCAACAGACAAUGGAGAGCCAUCACUCAAGCAUCUCGGAGUUCCAGAUAAUGUCACCAAUGGAGAAGCAAAUAUUACAAGAACAUGCAAACAACAGCGGCUUAAUGCAUCUCCUGAUUGAACGACAAGCUAAAUUGACACCUGAUGCCGAGGCAGUGCAGUUUGAACGGGAUGAACCACUCACUUUUUCAACGCUGAACGCGCGGUCUAAUCGAUUAGCACGACAGAUACAAUCACUUCGAGCUUCAAUUGUGCCGGUACAUAUGCACAUAUCAAUCAACUUCAUUGUCGCACUUUUGGCCAUCCUGAAAGCUGGUGCUGCAUACGUCAUUUUGGACCCGGAUGCCGGAGCAGCGCGCAGGUCCUACAUCACAGAGGAUGUUCAGGCGGAUUUCAUCUUGGUGGAUGACAAUACAGCAGGCGAGUUUGAGAAGGAGUUCAAAGUCGACGAUUUACUCCGGCAGUCAACACAUUAUGAUGAAACCGACCUCAUGACGAAUCAGCGUGUUAGUGACCUCGCAUACAUCAUCUAUACAUCGGGUUCUAGUGGGAACCCCAAAGCAGUACAGCUUGAGCAUCAAGCCGCAUUCAGCGGCCUGAAGGCUUUCCCCAGAAUUACCAAUCUUCGUCAAUUGCUUUUUUACAACCCUGUCUUUUCCGCGGCACAGAGAUCUAUUUGGGCGACUCUGAGUAUCAACUCAAUUGAUAUGACUUCAACAACCGCGACAUUGAUCUCACCCGAUGAAGUGCCCCUCCUUCGACGACUAGUAUUGGGUGGUGAGAUGGUCAGUUCGACCGUGAUCAAGAGAUGGGCACAUCGGGUAGAACUCUUUUCGUCCUACGGCCUUAGCGAAUGCACACAACUCAAUUGGCGUUGCAGGUUGUUCAGCGAUUCCAAUCCUCGAAAUAUUGGACAACCGUCUGACACAACGACAUCGUACAUUCUAAUCCCUGGAACCGUUAAACUUUCACCUCUACUCGUCCCUGGCGAGUUAUGUCUUGGAGGUGCGCAGCUCGCAAGAGGGUAUCUGAAUCUUCAAGAAGAAACAAAUCAGCGUUUUAUGGACAACCCAUUUGGCCCAGGUCGACUCUAUCGGACAGGCGAUAUGGCGGUUCGUCACGCCGACGGGUCCAUUGAAAUGCUGGGACGGAUUGAUUUUCAAGCCAAAAUCAAUGGCCAGAGAGUUGACCCCGGCGAGCCCAACUCAGUAAUCCAAGCACAUGAGGAUGUUGAGCAAUCGGCUGUGGUUCCAGUUCUUGUGAAUGAGAAAAUGCUUCUCGUCGCUGUCGUUGUCAGUCGUGCUGAGUGCGAAUGGGAUCCCCUUGUCGAAAGUCUUCGCUCAUUUCUCCCAUCGAGGAUACCAUCUUACAUGGUACCGAGUUUCUGGGUUUCCAUCCCUGCAAUGCCACUGAAUGCCAACGGGAAAGUCGAUAUGCCAGCGGUUCGAGUUAUUGUUGAGCGCCAACGUGAUUCAGGACAGUUAUUUCCUCAUCGUUCCAAGACCGAGACAAAUGGCAGCACCCUCACUGAGAACGAAAAUAUAUUGAGAAAACUCUGGGCAGAGCUUUUGUCAAUUCCGGAAUCAUAUAUCUCCCUGGGUGACUCAUUCGUUUCGUUAGGCGGCACAUCCCUUGAAGCCAUCCAGGUUAUCUCAUGGCUUCUAUCUGAACAUUCCCUUCACUUGAAGGUCGAUGAUAUUAUUCUUGGAGCCUCGCUCUCUGCUGUCGCUGGUCUUGUUGAGAAGCUAGCCGAAGAAGUCAGCGAUGAAGACCAAAUAACCCCGUUUGCACUUCUUCGUGAGCCUCUUUCUUCGGAAUAUGCGAAAGUCGAACAUUCGGAGGUCGAAGAUGCUUAUCCAGUCACACCUUUCCAAGAGGCAGCCAUUGCAAACACACUAAUGGGCGACAAAAGCUACAUCUAUAGCCGUUCUUACAGCUUCGCGGGACAUGAUGAGGCCACUGUGAAAGCGUCAUUGAUAUCCCUUGCAAAGUCCCAUGUUCUCCUUCGGACAACAUUUGCCGCAAGAGGAGCAUCAUUUCUGCAGGUAGUCAAGAAGGCUGUAGAAUUGCCGUGGGAAACAUCCACAUUGGAUGUGAAAGAUUAUAUUAAAGACAGAGCAUCAGAUCUGAUGUAUCCCGGCGACCUCUGGUGGAGAGCGGCUGUUCUGCCGGGGAAGAUUCUAAAAUAUGACGAUACUGCCAUGGAGGCAUUCUGGAGCAAUUAUCUCGAUGGAGUCAAGCCUAGUCCACUUGGAUCAUAUGGAAGUCGAGAAAGCACGGUUACUGCCAAACUCAAUUUUGAUUUGCAAAGUGCCGCAUCAAUCCUCAGUGUUACACCAAGUGUGCUGUUGUAUGCUGCUUGGUCGGUUGUUCUGUUUGUUGCUGGCUCUACUGAUGAUGUCGUUUUUGGUGUCACCCUUUCCGGGCGAGAAGCCCCAAUUCCAGGUGUCCUCCAGAUGAAUGGUCCUACCCUCAUGAUUGCUCCACUCAGAGUUAAAGUUGACAAAACGGUAUCAUUCAAAGCCCAUCUCAAGAGUGUGCAAGACAGUCUCUGGGGUGUUGCGAAUAAUGCUCAGUAUGGGCUACGCCGUAUCCUUAAAACAACUGGACAGCCAAAAGAUCUCGUGGGAUCAAUGGUGAACUUCUUGAUCAAAAUACCCGCGCCUAGGCCGUCUGGAGGAUUAGAACCUUUGUCAGAGAAAAAUCUUGGCUCUGUUGAAAAUGUCAAGAUUGAGAUCAACAAGGAUACUAUGGAUUGCGUAACCAUCGUCUCAUCGCUUGAGAGAGACUUCGCUCAGACUCUCGUCGACACGGUUGCGGUUGUUCUUGAAUCGGCAUCAUCUGCGCCACUUACGGAAAUCGGAAAUUGGAAAUUGGUGCAACCAACAAUCGGGUCCACAGGCGAUCUUAAAUCCGAGGAUCCUAAUUCACGGUGGAUGAAGAGCCUGCAAAGCAAAGGGGAGAACCACUUGAUCAGGUCUAAUGAAGGGGACCAAACCCAAACGAUCAGCAGAGAGCAUCCCGAAUUGGCACAUUCUGCAUUUCAAAGAAUGGCUGUUUCUCAUCCAGCCAAGGUCGCCGUGCAAGACGCGUCAGGAAACCAGAUAACAUACGCUGGAUUGGCCAUCAAGGCCAACCAGCUUGCGGGCCUAUUGAUAAGGAAAGGAACUAAGCUGGAGCAAAUUGUCCCCGUCAUGUUCGAAAAGUCCAUUAACACUGUCGUGGCUAUAUUUGGAAUCCUAGUCGCUGGAGGUGCCUUCUUACCUCUUGGGCCAGAGAACCCCCGGGAAAGAAACUUGGGAAUUCUUGAGGACUUGGAAGGCAAUAUUGCCAUCGCAGAUCGAUGCAACGCCGCUUUCUUUAUUGAUGCUGGAUAUGAAGUCAUUGUACUCGAUGAUCUAAAAUGGGACGCAAUGCCGAUCGAGAGACAUGAUGUGCCUGGAUUGAAGCCCAACAACCUCGCAUAUGUUAUAUACACCUCCGGCAGUACUGGCAAGCCGAAGGGGACCCUUUUGAUGCACGAGGGCCUAUCAGCGGCAGCCCAGGCAAUCAAUGAAGCAACGAAGACUGAGAUCACGCAUAGGUUUUUAUGGGUUCCAAACUAUACAUUUGACGGCUCUCUAGACACGCUUUUUACAGCUCUCUCCAGUGGAUGUACGCUGUGUGUUGCUCCACAGAGCGUCAUUCAAUCCAACCUCACCACAUUGAUCAAUACAAUGCAUGUCAGCCGAGCCAAUAUGACACCUUCGAUGACCGCACUCAUCAAUCCUGAGGAAGUGCCGACUCUUCAAAUAUUAAUUACCGGAGGAGAAGCCAUCACCCCGCAAUUGCUGGCUGCAUGGAUACCGCGCGUGACGAUAUAUAACGCAUACGGACCGACUGAGGCCACCAUUUCUAUCACCACCACGCCUAUUCAUCCACAAAUGAAUCUACGUAAUGUUGCGUCGGUGAACUUUGCCUCUCGGGUCCCCAGCUGGCGAGGGGGGUACUUGAAUCGCCCUGACGCCACGGUGCGCGCAUUUGUUGACAGGCCCGAGGGAAGAAUCUAUCGCACUGGUGAUCUUGCAAGAAUAUUACCCAAUGGCGACAUCGAACUGUUUGGAAGGAAAGAUGAUCAAGUUAAGAUCAACGGCUACCGAAUUGAAUUGGGUGAGAUUGAAAGUGUUGUCAUGAGAACGAGCAUGUUUGAUACGGAAGGGAGGAUAGAAACGGGCUUUCUUCUGCCUCCUGGACAACUCCUUGAUUUUGAUCAGCUCAAGGGUCAACUUGCCACUAUACCGAGCUAUAUGAUUCCCACUAUAUGGCUACCUGUGGCCAAGUUCCCAUUCUCAGCGGCUGGGAAAGUUGAUCGGAAGCGUUUGCAAGGUCUAGUUGAAGGUAUGGCGGACAAUUUACUCAAACAUUACCUACCCAAGGAAGUGAUAUCUGCCAUUACCACCGAGACAGAGCUCAACCUGCAGUUACUUUGGUCGGAACUUUUUGAAACGCCGCUAGACCAGAUCCACGCCAAUUCUUCAUUCCAUGCUUUGGGCGGAGACUCCAUCUCUGCUCUGAAUCUUGUCAGCAUGCUUCGUCGGCAAGGGUACGAAAUGAAAGUCAGCGAUAUUUUGUCAAGGAAUACAUUGAGGCAACAAGCGGCAUUGAUGGAGCAAAGCAUCAAAUCAAAUACUACGGUGACUACGCAGAACAUUCAAUACAAACCACCUGAUACGGUGUGGGAGCGAUUGUCUCAGCUUGGCGUUCGGAAAGAUGAAGUUGAAGACAUUUACCCUUGCAGCCCUGGACAGAUUGAAUUUCUGACUCAAGGGAACAAACAAGAGCAGUUUUGGCAACUAUUGGCCGUUCGAGAGCUGCCGAAAGACUUUGACUUCGAUCGCUGGAUACAACUCACCACUAAACUCACCCAAAACAGCCAGAUCCUGCGUGCUUUGUAUGUUUACGCUGAAGAAGCGAACGUGAAUACAGCUGUCCAAGUUGUGCUCAAGACUCCAAUACUGAAUCUACGGUACAAGUCAUUUGAUAAAGAAGAGGAGAAGCAACACAUGUUGGCAGCGGAAUGGAGAGAGCUCUUUGAUCCGCGCAAGCCCUUUGUCAGAUACACAUGUCUUGUCAACACGGAAGACGGCACAAAGUACCUUGUCAUCAAGCUAGAUCAUGCUUCGUAUGACGGAACACUUUUACACAUAUUUGAUGAGCAGUUCAAAGCCCUGGACAAGGACCUGCCCAUUCCCAAGCAUACACCUUUCAAAGACUUUAUUGGUCAUGUCAUUUCGACACCAAAACAACCUCAGCUUGAUUACUGGGUGCGUCUGCUUGAUAGCAGGAAAUUUGAUUUUCCUUCCAAUGUAAUCCGCCCGAAGAUCUCAAAAACCGAGGUUGCUAAAGUCAGCACUUCUGUUGGUAUCGACAAUCUUGCCAGUUCCAAUGGUGUCACUGUUCCCAUCGUCUUCCAGACUGCCUUUUCUGUUUUAUUGGCACACAUCAGCGGAACCCAUGACGUCAUCUACGACAAUCUAAUAACUGGGCGGAACGUACCCCUGGACCACCCCCAACUCAUUGAUGGGAACUGUGCGAACUUCCUACCUUUCCAAGGUCAUCUAGCCAAAGACCAGUCCAUUGAGUCCUUACUCAAGGAGACGCAAGCGGCUUUCUGGACCUCAACGGAAAAUGGGCUUGUCUCGCUUGGCGAAAUAUACAAUGCCCUAGGACGUGAUCGCUCUACGUCGGCCGCCAAGUGUCUGUUCUGCUUCCAGCCGUUUGAGGCAGCGCCAAGCAAGCAGGACCCUAUGCGCUGGAUUGUUAUGAAGAUGAGUAAGAAUACUAUGUACUUCAAUUACGCCAUCCAGCUGGAGGUGAUCAAAACUGCAACAAAGGGUGAAUACAUGAUUCGAUUUGGAUAUGAUGAGAGGGCAUUGACAGAUAAGGAGGUAAGACUGGCCUUAGACUGGUACAUUGGGUGCUUGGGUGGAAUGGCAACAGGAGCUUUGGUUGAGGAGUUGGGGAUGUGA